AUGGUCGCGGGAACCCUGGGUGGCCCGGUCCAGAAGGACUGCAGCCACUUGCCCAGAUGCUGUCCCAGCAAGGGACAGGAAUUCCCCGAGGAGUGGCUCCGGCGGACCCCCGUGCCCGUGACCCCCCCGGCGCCGGCGGGCCCGCCCCCCAGCCCGGCGCUCUGCAGGGCCGGCCAGGACGGACCCCUCCACGGCAGGGCCAUCUCCCCGUGGAGAUACGAGCUGGACCGGGACUUGAACCGGUUUCCUCAGGACCUGUACCACGCCCGCUGCCUGUGUCCACACUGCGUCAGCCUCCAGACCGGCUCCCACAUGGACCCCCGGGGCAACUCGGAGCCUCUCUACCACAACCAGACCGUCUUCUACCGGCGGCCGUGCCUGGGCCAGCCGCGCGCCCGCCUGCGCUACUGCCUGGAGCCCAGGCUUUACCCGGUGGCGCUGGCCUGCGUGUGCGUGCGGCCCCGGGUCCUGGCUUAG